CCUUCGUCUUUUAUCAUCCCUUCAGACGCCCGUUUUAACAGCCAAGGGAUGGGGGGUGGGUGGGUAGGUGUUUAAGUCUCUUGAAGACUUAUCGCAGUACCAGUAGUUUCCUGUGCAAUGGUCAGCAGAAACAGAAUGCAAUUGCAAUUGCAAUUGCAAAUCACCCAGAGUUUAAAACAGGCGCUGAUAACUCUUGACGUGUAAAUGCCGAACUUCUUCUAUCAAUGAUGCUCGCUACAAUACCUGGGGCCUGCUUGUCCGGCGAGCAUCCAAAAGAAGAAGAAACCAUCAGAACACAACGCUUCUUGGCUUCUCGGGUGGCUCUGUCAACGACGUGGCGGGUCACACGAUAUACUGAGAAUAAACUGGUCCUCGUGGCAUUCACAGUCUCCUGCUUUGGCCGCGGGUGUGGUGGCAGUUGCUUGAGCGACAACAUGCUGUGCUAGGUCAUGCCGUGGGAAUGCAACGAAAGCUUGCUAUCCAUUCUGUGAUCCCGAAGCCCUCGUUCCGCCGGUAACGCAUGGCCAACAUGGGCAGCCUGGAUAGAAAUGGCCCAAGGACCCAAGAACAGUCCCCAGCUCGCGCUUUUCGUCGAAAAUGCAGUUCUAAGAUACGAAAUCGACCUGCAAACCAGCGGGGUUUCUCAGGUUUGCAUUGCAUCGCCUAGUACUUAGUCACAGACAGUAUGAUGAUGUGGCUGGUGACCUGUACCCCAAAUUGGCGACUUGUGCUAGGGGCUCGUUUGCCGUUGAACAACUGCCAGGAAUUGUGGAAGUUUAUCGUUGACCUGUCGCCUGUGAUGUUGAUUUCGCGUGCCCCCCCCCCCCCCCCGGUAGAACCAGGUCCCUCACAUUGUGUGGCAGAUUGUUGAUGGUAAAGGAGCCUCGGUUUAUAGAAACGCUGCAUGGCCAUUGAUGAGUUGUCGCGAGUCUCUGAUUUAGUUUUGAAGGGGACUUGAGGGCAAGGAAGCGUGGGCUAGUGUUAGUCAAGAUCAAGCCACAACGACAGAGCUGCCAGAUGUUUAGCAAGUUGCGUAUUGAGACCUACCGCCUCGCACACGUCAGUUUUCCUCAGCUCGCCUGAUUGAAAAGAAUUUGCCACGCUUAACAGCCCAGUUUACCGAGCGUUCAAGCGCAUAGAUAUGGAAGCCGUCGUGUUCCGGUCAAGUCGGUCAGAACACAUAACUGUAAGCUUCGUCCGACCCAGUUCGAUUGUGUCGUCGGUAAAGGUGCCGAGGAGGUCCGGGACCCGCAUGUUCCACUUUUCCGCUUCAUUGUAAAUCCCUCCGAAGUCACUUCUCCGACAGCUGGGUGUGAGGCAGCGGCCCAGUUGUCCAUGACGCUCACCGCCCGGGGCGCUAAAGCAACCGUGAAGUACCCUGCACAAAUCAGGAAGCUACAGGCCUACAGCAGUGGCCACGCGCUGAGGGCUAGGUCACUCUAUCAAUAUCCUGCGGCACCUGGCUUCAGAGACAAUUUUCACUGACCAGCCUGCCUUGCGCUGGAAGCCGACUCAAGUAAGCAGUGAGGUCCAGAAUUCUUUCGGCACCGCCAAACUUCAACGGCACCGAAUUCCACAAUCCGACAAGACCAUCCGCGCUUUCAGGCACGGCCUGCUGCUGCAAACGAUCUUACCGAUGCCGGCCCAUGUUGACGCGCAGAGCCACAUUCGUUUACAACACUCAAUCCCAUAGCAUCAACUCCCGACUUCAUCGCCGCGACCCUGCCUUAUGUAGCCCUCGUCCGCAUUCGACCUACCCACACACAACAAAACACUCACACGAUCCGCCAUGGAUCGUGCAAGGAAGCGCGAAUUGCGCUCCCUAAACACUCGCGCCUGGGAUGGCGACCACGAUGUGUUUGCCGUCAGCAAGUCGCUCGAUUCAUCCCUGAAGAAGAACACCGCUUUCAUCAAGCGACUUCGAACCGCCAUCUCUGCCGCCACUCUCAACACUUUCCUACAAGAGAUCCGCACCCUUAGCCUCCAUAAGUACCUCUCCGAGAUUGUCUCCGCUUGCUACGAAGGCCUCUGCAGGCUCAAGUCCCCCGGCGAGAUCGAGGCCGGCGUCGAGAUUGUCAGCGCUCUGCACCAACGCUUCGGCUCCAGCGAGUUCACUGAGUACUUGGGAUGGCUACUUGGCAAGGGAAUGGCAACACCUGACAAGAGCUUGCUCAAGUCACUUGCCCCCGAGGUCCGCGAGAGGGAGGAGAAAGAGCGCUUGACGCGCCAGCGAGUGCUCCUGCGUGUCGUUACUGAACUUUGGCUCGUUGAUGUUCUCCGAACCCUCGAUGACGUUACACGGCCCGACGAUGCCACCAAAGGCGCUACAGGCAAGGUGGCCGAGCUGAAGCCCAGGGCUCAAGUCAACAAGAGCGGCGCUGCCGAGCCCUUUCCCCUCGAGGUUCUCAAGGAUUUAUUGGGUCAUGACAGGGAGCACGUCAACUUACCGCUACUCGUCAUUUUCGUCAAGGCUUUCAGCUGGGAUAUUCUGGGUGUUAAGUCCUCGGCGGCCGAGGGUCGCAAGACGGUAGAGGAGGAUGGCGCAACCAAGGCGGCCAACGGCACCGCACAGGGGGACAGCGGCGGCGAAGACCAGGCCAGCGAUAACGACGGCCAACCGUUUACACCUCCCGAGCUCCAGGAAAAGUUCAAGACCAUCCUGAAGAAAUAUUUCGAGGAUGUCAAGAGUCACGUCGUCCGAGACCAGAAAUCCAUCCACUCCCAAGCUCGACGAAACGCCGAGGCUUACGUAAAGUCCGGCGAAGUCUUCGAGGAUCGGCAAGCGAACUUCGAGAAGCAGCUCAAGGCCCAGGAGCGGCUUGUGGCAAAUGCCCAGGCCAUCGCGGAUGCUAUUGGCGCCGACAUGCCUGAUCUUAAGGAGAGCGACGACUCGCUAGCGAACACCAACGGUUCCAUCGGUUUGGUCAAGGCUGGCGAUUAUCUGCGAGGCCUCGGUGACGGUGCUGGAAUUUGGGAGGAUGAAGACGAGCGACGCUUUUACGAAAACCUGGUCGAUCUGAAGGGCAAGGUUCCGGGAAUCCUGCUCGACGACGGCAAGAAAAAGAAACCGGAUAAUGAAGAGCAAGUCGGCAAAAAAAUCGACCCGGCAGAUGCCCCUGACGCACCAAAGGCUCCUGACGUGGGUGAAGACCAGUCCACUUCCAUCGCUAACAAGACGAUUGGUGCCCAGGUCGAUGCUGUGCUAGCUCGGUUGCCAGACCUCACCAACAAGGAUGUCAUAGACCAGGCCGCCAUCGACUUCUGCUACUUGAACUCGAAGGCCUCUCGUAACAGGCUGAUCAAAGCUUUGACUGAGGUUCCUAAGGGUCGAGGCGAUCUCCUGCCAUCAUGGUCGAGACUUGCUGCAACUUUGGGCCGAUACAUGCCGGACAUUCCCAAGGGUCUUGUUGAUUAUCUCGACGCGGAAUUCCGCAGCCUCCAGAGACGAAAGGACAAAGACUUUCUCGGUCAGGUUCGAUUGAGCAACAUCCGGUACCUCGCCGAACUGACCAAGUUUGGCAUCGUGCCGGAGCAUGUGGUGUUCCACUGUCUCAAGGUCAGCCUGGACGAUUUUUCAAGGAUGAACAUUGAAAUCAUUUGCAAUCUCUUGGAGAAUUGUGGACGUUACCUUCUGCGGAACCCGGAGACCUCGCCGCGCAUGGCGACUUUUCUCGAGACGUUGCAACGCAAGAAGUCUGUCCAGCACAUUGGACAGGCCGAGCGUAUGCUCAUAGAGAAUGCUGUCUACUACGUCGACCCUCCUGAUCGGCCCGCUAUCCAGCAAAAGGAGCGGACGCCCAUGGAGCUGUUUAUCCGCAAGUUGAUCUACAUGGACAUGACUAAGCGUAACUACAGUAAGAUCUUGAAGCAGAUUCGCAGACUUCACUGGGAAGAGGCUGAGGUUGUCGGUAUCCUCGAGAAGGUAUUUUCCAAGCCUGGUAAAGUCAAAUAUGGCAACAUUCACCUCCUUGCCAUCCUCCUCAGCGCACUCUACCGGUACCACCCGGCUUUUGUGGUCAGAGUCAUCGACAACGUCAUGGAAUCCAUUUGUUUCGGCCUGGAACAGAAUGACUUCAAGUUCUACCAACGUCGUAUCUCCGAAGUCAAGUACAUUGGUGAGCUCUACAACUAUAGAAUGGUCGAGCAUCCAGUCAUUUUCGACACCAUGUACAAAAUCAUGACAUUUGGUCAUGGCGGUCCUCCCAUCCCCGGUCGACUGAAUCACUUCGACCUGCCCGACGACUUCUUCCGCAUCAGGUUGAUUGCAACCAUCCUGGAGACAUGCGGCAUGUACUUUGCCAAAGGUGCAGCAGGCAAGAAAUUGGACUACUUCUUAUCUUUCUUCCAGUACUACAUUUACACCAAACAGUCUUUGCCCAUGGACAUUGAGUUCAUUGUUCAAGACACGUUUGCACUCACGCGACCCCAAUGGAAGCUGGCAUCCAACCUGGAAGAAGCCUCAAAGGCAUUUCAACUGGCCAUAGCCCAGGAUCAGAAGGUCUCGGGAGCCGACAAGACCCUUGAGGUAGAUGACGCAUCGAUUGGUUCUUCUUCGGACGAUGAAGAUGGAGAUGAGCAUCUUCCCGAAGCGGAGGCCGACGAGGAGGAAUCGGACUCUGGUGAUGAAGGCGCCGAGGACCACGACAUGGACAUGUCACACGCAGACUCUGACAGCGAAGAUGAAGCCAUUGUCGUCACCCGCCAACAGGAGCGGAUCGACCCGGAGGCUGAAGCGGAAUUCGAACGUGAGUACGCCAAGAUGAUGGCCGAGAGUCUGGAGUCGCGCAAAUUCGAGCGCAAGCCUCUCUUUGAUGUGCCGCUUCCCGUGCGGGGCAAGUCAAAGGAAACGGCAACAGGAUCAGAGCCUGUAGAGACUGGAGCCCCCACUGCCAGCACUACGAUGGCCUUCUCUCUCCUGACGAAGAAGGGCAACCGCCAACAGACUCGAACCGUGGAGCUUCCUUCGGACUCAACCUUCGCUGUCGCUAUGAAGACACAGCAACAGGCUGAAAGGGAGGAACAACAGCGCAUCAAGAAUCUUGUCUUGAACUACGAUCUUCGCGAGAAUGAGGAUCCCGAUGCAGGCCACGAGAAGCCGACAUCCUACCACCACAACCGACCGGACCGCGGCAAAGACCGUGGGGGACAGCGGGUCCGCAAACUUCAGCUAAGUGACGUUGAUUGGACGUGAAGAAAUCAACAAGCGCAAAACUAGAUUUUGGGCGCAACACAUCAUCGCAGCCUAACAGACGCCGCCGACGCAUGUCGCUGAGACUCCGCAGUCGCCGAGAUCUUGCAACCGGAGGACGGCUUACAAGCUUACCAAGGCACAAGGAGGAUGCCGGGUGCAAAAGACAGUCGAGAUCACCACAGUUGUCGAGGCUUUAAAGACAUCCACUCAACUGACAAUCCAGACUCAUAAGCCAAGCGUACUCUGGCCAAGACCAAGACUCGUGGCAGACCGGCAAGCAAAUUCUCCACAAAGAGCGAUCAGGUAUUGGGGGAGGGGGACUGUUCCGUAUGUGGAGAGCCAUGGGUUGUCAACCGCGGACCCGAGUCGGGGUUCGUUGGGUGGAGAGAUAGCGAGGUGGGGAUGGAAGAGGUGAAUGGAUAUGACGGCCGGGGCAAGGCAGAUAGGUCUUCAGUAUCUUGCCCAAGCAUGUGGCAUGGCGCCUUCGGGAUCCGAUGCUGUCAUUGUUGCAGCCAGAGACAUUUCGACAACUUGCUUCUGCCUUUGAUUACGGAGGAGACUCACAUAGUUCGUGCAUGAGAACAUUCCUUUAGUAGAGAGAAGAGGGCAGUGCUUGCCUCGUCCAUUUAGAUGGGAAGAGAGAAUACGGUCAGUAUGCUUUACGCAAACAUGGAUUGUGUCUGGUCAUCUCUGUGCCUGAGCUCGCCUAUCAUGGGCGGCAUUUCAGUUAGGAGUAAGGACCUAUGUGAUGGCGAUGGCCAAGAUAGCCGUUACGGCGGAGCGGGCGUGCGAUUCU